AUGGACAGAAUACAAGGAGACUCUGCGAGUUCCGUGCCACCAAGAGAUGCAGAGAGGAGCAGGACUGCAAAACAAGACCCAGGACUAACUGUUUUGGAAAAAGCACAUGAGUUCUUUCAGAUUUGUGAUCUGGAAAGCAAAGGCUUCAUCACUCGUCAAGACAUGAAGAGGCUGCACCCUGAGUUACCUCUUAGCCUGGAAGAGCUUGAAAAAGUUUUUGUCACAUUGGACGCUGAUGGCAAUGGCUCACUUACCCUAAAGGAGUUCACCGCAGGAUUCAGUCAGUUUCUUUUAGGGCAGAUUGCUUUGAAUAAUGAGGUAAUGCAACAAUCAGAAGGUGAAACAGCCUGCCCACUUAAAUGCAAAGAGACAAUAAGUGAUGACGAGGAUGAAGAAUUCCAGUUCUCAAAUCUGAUGGAUCGGCUUGGAGCUAAAAAGGUUUUGGAUGAUGAAAGUGAUGUGAAGCAACUUUGGUUGCAGCUCAGAAAAGAUGAACCUCAUUUACUUUCCAAUUUUGAAGAGUUCUUGGUCAGAAUUUUCUCACAGCUCCAGGAAGCAGACAAUGAAAAGAACGAGUUGGAAUGUGCUCUAAAAAG